UUUCAUUUUUACUUGGAGCAUUAUAGUAUAUGUUCUGGUUGUAGGGUUGAAAAUGAAGGACAAAGAAAAUGGUGAUUUGAGUAAUUAUGGUCUUCAUAAAAGAAGAUGUAGUAGAAUGUUGGUAGAGGAAUGAAAACUUUGAAGUUAAUAGAUGAUUGGGAUGAUCCUGAUGAAUACUGGGAAAUAUAUAAAGUAUGUUCAUUGGGUGGCAAUGGGGAUUUUAAUAUUGCCAAAACAAAAGCGGAUAAAACCAAAACUACCAAAUAUUUUAUCUGCAAAUGGCAAUAUUAUAUCUCAAAACAAAAGGAUUAGAAAGAACCAAAAAUAUGAUAUCAGAGCCUCAGAGACUUCGGACUCUGAUGUAGAAAGCACAGUUUUCUCUGCAUUUCAGGUGUCAGAAUUCAGGAGAAUUAGCAAUGAGUUAUUCUUGGGAUGGUCAUAAACAAUAGCUGCAAUCAAAAAAACUACUCCUAGCCAGAUGUGCAUUAGAUGCCGACCAUAUUUCUUCAUGUUGGAGUAUGAAACCAUGAGCAUCAUUAAGAGAUGGUUAAUCAGAGCCAAGGAGAGGUCAAAAAAAUCAAGAGCUCCAUUUGUAGAUAUAAAGAGCUACAUACAUUUUAGAUUAUAAAAAUAUAUGUGUAUACUCAUGUUUAUAAGUAUUUACACCUGGUGUUUUUAUUCCAAUAUGAGUAAUUAGACAGCUCUUGAAGCUAACUUAAAAAAUGUUUAGUCAUUACAUUGAAAGAAUCUCAUUAACUUUUAAAUCUAAAAUGCAUUAUUAAUUAAACUACUGCUUUGAUGCCUUCUGGAACGUGUACAGGCAAAUGAAGGAAGGGAAUUACCAACAUAAGUGGGUAACGCCAAAGCCCGUUCCAUUUUUAUGGGUUCAGAGCCGGCUUUAGAGAUACCAACUGCGUCGAUCUUCGAAUGUUGAUCUUAAAAUUGUUUAUUUGGUGGAAAAGACAACCUAUGGAUUGUCACCCCGUGGCAGAAUCAAUACCUGCAGAGUUCUUGAGAUUUCGUUACACAUAGGUACUUUUCGAUUGAUAAAGCUAGUCUUUAACAUCACUGACAUUUUUCAAGAGGGUGCGAGAAUUUAUCAACUAUCACAGAGGUCGCGUAUUCACGAAGGUUGACAAGUUGUAUAAUUAUUUUGCAAAAACGUAGUCAAUUACGUAUGAAACGGAUCUGUUGGCUGAUUUCUAGUAGGUCCGCAUUUCAGGCGGAUCAUUGGAGUUUCGCUUCGUCGGCAGCAAUCGAAAUUUUUCUAAAUCAAAUAAUGUAAUAUGUAUGCUUUUUUCUUUUAAUUUAUUUUUUAUAAAAUAAGUACUUUUUGAA